AUGCUAGCCAGCAUUGAGGAGGAUGUGCCGGAAUUCCUUCAAGAGCGCAGCCAAGUUGCCUUUUGCAGUCAGUUGCAUGUGAAGAGGAAUAAAUCCAGCCUGGUGCUGGCGCGCAAUCUGAAAUUCUACGAGUUUCGCCAAAAGCAGCUUGUACAUCAUUUGGACUUGAGCCAGACGGCACUACAGAGAUAUGCCGAUGAGCUGCAGCAGUAUAAUGGUCCAGUCAGCAGCUUUCUUAUGCGCGGCGAUGUGGCUGACACCAGCACUGAUGCCACAAAUUGCAGCAUGUUGCAUGAUACAGAGCUGCCGCUGAGCAUAGGCAAAUACAUAUGGCUGGGUGAGCAUAUCUAUGUGCUACUGCGCUGCUGGCAAACAUUGCUGGUGUUACGUCGUCCCAAGGAGCAGGCAGCACAGUUUACGCUGAUUGCCGAGCAUGAGCAGCUGGCGGACUAUAGACUGGUUAGAGGCCCAAUCAAAUAUCAGGCCUAUGUAGAGCUGAGCUUCAGCAAUGGUCAGCGACAACGCACGAAUUUCCAAACUGCAGACAGCGCCGUCGUGCCAGCGCCCACGACGGGCAGCCAAGUGGGCUUCAAGCGUUUAAUGCAGCGUGUGCAUAGCGCACGCGCCGAGUUGCACGUACAACGCGCGCAAACGCAACAGGAUUUUGUGCGCGUGCAGCAGCUGCAGGCAUACGAUGCGCCAGCCAAGCGCUCGCUGCUGCUGGAGGAGAAGCAGCUGUUGCGCCGCUAUGGCGAUGUAUGGACGCGCAUAUGCGGCGAAGCUUUAAUACUGGGCACUGUUCUCUGCAACAGCGCCGGCAGCAGUCGACUCACCAUGUUGCAUGACAUAAGGCCACUGCUACAGCUGCCCAAUGGCGUGGAUGGUGGCCUCAACUAUACACAUUGCUUGUAUGAGCUGCCAUUGCAGGCGUCUGGUCAGCCGCCAGAGGAUUAUGCAGAGCUGGCACAGUUCUGGGCCUGUCAGCAACAGCGCAGCAGCAGCCUCAACUGGCGCAAACUCAGCUGUGCUAUGAAAUUGCCACCCGAACGCAGCGCUGUGCUGCUGCUGCGUCUGCCGCUGCACGCGCUGCUGGACUGCGCGCAGUUGCAGCUUUUCGCUCUGUACGAGCUACGCGAUGCACAGUGCACGCGUCAGCUGCAGCUGCAAUUGGCCAGCAUUAAUAUUGAGCAACUGCUGGCAUCACAGGAGCAGCAUGUGCCCAGCUUUGCAGCGCAGACAUUGCAUCAGGACUUUCUGGCCAUUACACAUGCCUCAGCGCAUUGCGUGCUGCGCUUGCAGUUUGAGUCAACGGAGCAGCAGUCGCUGUUUGAGCAGCUAUUGGCCAAGUGGGGCUUUGAGUGCAGCGCUGUGCCGCAGCUGCAACAGCUGGAGCAGCAUGAGCAGCAGCAGCAGCGCGAGAGCAAGCAAUCGCUGCAGCCGCUCGAUGACACUUGCCUGGAGCGUGAGUUUCAAUUUGGCAACAGCACUUGCAGCAGCGAAAGCGAGAGCGUACGCCCGACCAGUCAGCAGCUCUUUUAUCAUAAACAGUCGCUCUUGCUAUUGCUGCACACAGAUCCGGCAGAGCAGUGGGAAUUCUAUGCGCCCAAUGAGCUGCAGUUGUGUUUGUUGCUCCGACGCUGUCUACGCGAAUUGCUGCAACUGCGCUGCAAUUUAAGCUUGUUGCAGCUGCAAGAGCAGCCCCAGCUGAGCUCACCGGCAAAUGCAGCUUUGUUGCUGGAGUCUGCGCUGCGUGCGGAAUUGUUGGCCAAGUCUCAGCAGGCGCACAAUUGCCAAGAACUGGAGCUAGCCAGCGAUCUGCUUAUAGCUGCAAUAAACAAACAUCACAAUUAG